GCUUUUAGACAUGUGGAAACAGCUGCUAGUGAUGCACAUCUUGUUUGUGCACGAACAGAGCACGUUACGCUGUCCAGGGGAAGUAGACGCACCCCCGCAGUUCCAUCUGGUGAGGGAGUGUCAGCGUGCCGCCACAGAUGAUGCACUUGCUCUGGAAAAUACCUCAUCGCUGGAGGAAUGCAUGAAUCUGACGAGACAACUACGUGGUUUGGCCUUAAACUAUGCGUCAGGUGAAAGGAAACGACAAACAAAUCAUUUUGCUCAUCCGCCAGAGAAUGAGAGCAGAAGGGAGAAGGAUGCACGCAGACGCUUGAAUGUGUUUCAACAGCCAGGAGAGUUCUUUAACUGCCAUGUGCUGCAGUGUCCGCAGAAUAUAAGCUUUGCCGGAAUGGUGAACGACAGUCGUUUCGAUUACUAUAGUUUAUAUGGUAGACCCACAGCUCUGCACAACAUCAGUUGCGUGCCUGAAGUGGGACUCUUUGUGAUCUAUACGAAACUUAGUAGGUAUACAAAUGCUUCAGUGGCAUGCAACAAUGCAACCGAGUUUAUGGGAAGUCUGGCUCACAUUGCCUCCGAGAAACGCACAUCCGGACUGGCCCGAUGGCUGCGGAAUUAUAAUAGACAGCGAUCGGCAAUGCGAAUGGAGUCUGCAAUUUUUCUGGCCUAUGUGGGAUUGCAGUACAAUCGCAGCGUCUCCCUAAGGCCAAUGGAUUAUCGCAAUGCGCAGCAGGAGAGUCUGCUAUGCUUCCUCUACAGAGCCUGGCAUGUGGGCCAUCCUCGAGUGGGUGGUUCCCAGGCAAAUGCCAGCUGCGUGGCUUUGACACCGCAAGGCACCUGGCAAACGUUGAGCUGUGACCAUGAGUUGCCUUUCAUAUGCGAAAUCUUUAGAUCCUCAAGUUCAAGGCAACUGGAUACAGGUGCGAAUUCCGCAGAUGUGUGUGUGUUUAAUGAUUGAGAGCUGAGUGGGGGUUAAGUGCAGCACAGUUAUUCGCAGACGUUUUAUUAAACAUGGUCGUUAUUAAAACAA